AUAGCAAUCCAGGUUCUGCUGUUGAGCUUCGGACGAUUCCGUGAUCUGGAGCUGCUCCCCCUGGCAAGCUCGCUGGCAACGAGAGAGCGGGCGCGCGAUGGCGCUCUACGACGAGGCCGGUGGUGACGCCCAGUACCUGGGACGGGCGAACAAGUCCUACGAGGGAGGAGGCACGGCGGGACCGCGACGGGCUAGGCUGGUGACUGAUUAUGGCUCGUCGCUGGUGCAGUGGAUGCGCACCCGUCGACCGCGGUACCAGGGAGGACAUCGGAUGGAGGCUGAGCGGCCGAGUGCAAGCUAUGUGGUUGAUAUGGUUCCUCCCCUGGCGAGGGUGCACUCGCCGGCAGACACGAUUCCUGUCCGCCAUCUUCACCAGUCGAUCGGAAAGAGCAAAAAGCCCAUUACGGUGGUGCGAUGGACGCCAGAAGGCAGACGGCUCCUGACGGGGGGGCACACGGGUGAAUUCAUGCUGUGGAACGGAACGGCGUUCAAUUUUGAAACCGUGAUGGAUGGCGACAUCAAGUACUGGCGGCCGAACUUCAACAACGUCGAAACGAUCGAUGAUGCACACCAUGAUGCGGUCCGAGACCUCGCCUGGUCACCAAGUGACACCAAGUUUCUCUCUGCGUCAGACGACACGACGCUAAAGAUCUUCGAUUUCACCUCUCGAACCUGCGACACUACCUUGGCGGGCCACAACUGGGACGUCAAAUCCUGCGACUGGCACCCGACCAAGGGGCUUCUGGUUUCCGGGUCGAAAGACCAUCAGGUCAAGUUUUGGGACCCCCGCACAUCCCGUUGCUUAACGACGCUACACAGUCACAAGAACACUGUGACCACGACCAAGUUUUCGCGAGUGAACAACAAUCUCCUGGCAACCUCAUCGCGCGACCAGACGGCGCGGGUCUUUGACCUUCGCAUGAUGCGCGAUAUCUGCAUUCUGCGCGGCCACGAGAAACCCGUCUCUUCUCUGACCUGGCAUCCCAUCCACUCGUCUCUCAUCUCAACCGGGAGCGAGGACGGCUCGCUCUACCACUAUCUGCUGGACGAGCCCAAUCUACCUGCCGGCCAGAAUCCCACCAUCGCCCCCUACGACAGCCCAGAUCCCGCCAAUACCCCCGCGCAGGUGAUCUAUCCGGCCCACCGCAUCCAGUACGCCCACGGCGCAACCAUUUGGUCCCUGGACUGGCACCCGCUCGGCCACAUCCUUGCCUCGGGCUCCAAGGACAAUUUCACCCGGUUCUGGUCCCGCGCGAGGCCCGGAGAGUCUACAUACUUGAAGGACAGGUUCCAUAUCGGAGAAGAGGCUGCAGAGGCGCAGGGGACAUGGAAUCGCGGCUUUGGCAGACGUCAAAUGAAGGAAGAGGAGGAACAGGAAUUACAGGACGAAGCAGAAGGCCUCGUGGAUCAAAGACGCCCAGACGCUAUUUCUUCAUUACCAGGCAUCCAGAUCGCUCCUCCGGGCAGAGCCCUCCAGCCGGACGGCCUGGGAGCCCCAGGGCUGCUGCCAGGAAUCGGGGGUGCGCAACCCCCUCCACCCCCUCCACCCUCUGGGAUCUCGGCAUCUACGCCACAUAUGGACCCUGGCCGUCUGGCCGCGAUCAUGUCUAGCCAAGGUCCACCUCCCCCACUCCCGCCUUCGUCGACGAACAGCUUCCCAGGACCUAGUCUGCCUGGGUUCCCUCUCCUUCCUGGCAUGACAGGAGGCGCACCGCUCAACCUGGAUCUGGCAGAACUGCAGAAACACCUAGCUUCCCAGGGGAUAUCGCUACCGCAACAUUUUCCUCCCCCGAACUUCGCGCCCAACGGAGGCGUCCCGCAACAACAGCCCGUGAUGGGUGGAAUCCCUGGUUUGCAAGGCAACAUUCCCUUUAGCAAUGGCAGCGUAUAUGAGCGGUAG